AUGGAUUGGACAGCACUUCCAAAGAUUGAGCUCCACGCUCACCUGAGCGGAAGCAUCAGCAGGCGCUGUCUUCAUGAGGUCUGGCUCAAGAAGAAAGAGGCUGGCGAGACGGACCUGGCAGAUCCUCUCAUCGAGAUGCCGGACGGGAAACAUGACUAUGACCUGAAGACCUUCUUCCCCUUGUUUUCGUCCUACAUCUACCACCUCGUCAACGACCUAGCCUCCCUCCAGUACACCACCCGCUCCGUCCUGCAGGACUUUGCCGCCGACGGCGUCGUCUACCUCGAGCUGCGCACCACGCCGCGCGCCCUCCCUCGGUCCAACCUCUCCAAAGCCGACUACGUGGCCGCCAUCCUCGAGACCAUCCGCGCGUUCCAGCAGGAGCAAGAAGAGCAGAACAGCAUCGGCGACAACCACCGCCGCCGCCUACACACCAACCUCAUCCUCUCCAUCGACAGGCGCAACACCCCCGCCGAGGCAAGCGAAGUCGCCCACCUGGCCGCGCAGUUCCACAACCGCGGCGUGGUCGGCCUCGACCUCUGCGGUGACCCCACCCGCAUGGGCAUCGAGGCCCUCCAGCCCGCCUUCCACGAGGCGCGGCGCCUGGCGCCUGGGCUCGGCGUCACCCUGCACUUCGCCGAGGCCGAGGCCAGCGGCACCGAUGCGGAGCUGCUUAUGCUGCUGCGGGAGUGGGCCCCGCAGAGGCUGGGCCAUGUCAUUCACCUGAGCGAGGCUGUCAAGCGGGAGGUGCGGGCGUAUGAGGCCGGGCUGGGGCUGGAGCUUUGUUUGAGCUGUAAUGUUCAUGCUGGCAUGGUCGAGGGCGGGUUCGAGGGACAUCAUUUUGGGGAGUGGUGGAAAGUCGAUGAGUGCACUGUUGUCCUGUGUACUGAUGAUGUGGGUGUUUUUGGAAGCCCCUUGUCGAACGAGUAUCGUCUCGUCGCCCAGCACUUUGGUCUGUCAGAAUCCGAUGUCCGGAUAUUGGCAAGGAAAGGGAUCGAAGUGAUCUUCGGUGGAGAGGAGGAGAAGCAGAGACUGAGACAGAUCAUGGCCUGA